AUGCUGAUUACUCCGCGUACAUAUUUUCUCUCCCAAACACCAGAUCACGGAGUUCAAUCUUACAACAACCAUCAUCCCAGAUUCCAUUCUCUUACUGGUUGGCGUGCUGAUAUAGUAGAGACACAGCGAGCAGUGGAAAUGUUGUUAGUCCACCAAGUUGGCUAUGUCCGUGUGGGUGAGGUUGUCAGAUAUAAAUUGACAUAUACUCCUGCUCUGGACCCGAUUCUGCCGACUCCAACCGAGCUUCAUGUAAAAGUGAAGAACACAUCCGCCAUUCCUCUGAGAGCUGCAUAUCUCCACGGGCCCUAUACUCUGUACACAGCUUGUUACCCCUCGACUUUUGAUCCAAACCGCAGAUACGACCGCUGUGAAUUGGAAGGGGCGCCGCAAUUUGAGCCCUAUCUCAAGGCCGGUGGGACGUGGACUGCAACUAUUCCCGUGCCUGAACAGAUCCGUCUGACGUCGCAGUCGAUUUCAAGUGAUACUGAAUCCCGAAAAGCUGGUCAGAGUGUAACAUGGGUAAUUGAGAUUGUCUCACAAGUUAUAUUUUCAACAACAGCAGCUGUUCAUUUCGAACUUCUGGUUGGUCGUGACCAGAAAUCGCUGAGCCUUGGAGUCAAUGGCGGAUCAUCUAUGCCUCCUCCGGCUCACAUCCACGAUCAUCAAAUUCCGGGGACACCAAGGGACAGAGCUUUUCCGGUAUCAGUCACAAAAGGCGUUUUCUCCAAGUCCGUCAAACUUGUAGUGGAUGACACGAAGAGUCUCUGGAGUACACCUCCAUUUCCAUCUUUGGAGGAAAAAGAAAGUCUCAGAAAUGAGGUUCUCCAAAAGGCAAACGACUGUCAAAAUCCUCAUGGUCCACAUGACCGCCAGAGCGCGUCGAACGAUGCCAUGAAAAUGGAGGACGGAGCGAAGAAACAGCAGAAGAAGAAGCGCAUACAUUUUGUGGUGUUGACCCAUGGCCUGCAUAGCAAUCUCGGUGCCGAUAUGCUGUAUUUGAAGGAAAGCAUUGAUGCUGCUGCUAGGACGGCUAGGAAGCAGGCAAGAGAACAUCGAAACAAAAACAAAGGCCAGGAAAAUAGGAAAGAUCCUAUUCAUUCGGAAGGUUACGGGCAUGGAAAUACAGGCUCUUCAGCCGCUGCAAGCUCUCAGUCCAUAUUUCAUGAUAAUGGAUCUAUCGACGACGAUCAAGAGGAUGAUGAGUUCGAGGAAGUAAUCGUUCGGGGAUUUCCUGGAAAUGCUGUUCGUACCGAACGAGGAAUCCAGUACCUUGGAAAGCGUCUGGCAAAAUACGUCCUGCUUAUGACUUACCCAGACCAGCCAUAUCUCCCUGUCAAGCGCUCCAAGACUAAAAAGACUCAGUCUUUGAUGGGUCUUAAAGGAUCUUCCGAAUCACCUCGAGCCGCAUGUCUGUCUGAUAAUGCUGCUAUUCGUCAAAGACAGCUGAACGGCCGAGAUUAUGCUUAUCAGAUUACUAGCAUCAGUUUUAUAGGACAUUCACUUGGCGGUCUCAUCCAGACUUACGCUAUUGCCUACAUCCAAAAACAUUCUCCCGAGUUCUUUGAACGGAUCAAACCAAUCAAUUUUGUCGCCCUUGCUACUCCAUUCCUUGGUUUGAGCAACGAGAACCCCAUAUACGUUCGUUUUGCAUUGGAUUUAGGUCUCGUUGGCAGGACCGGACAGGAUCUUGGUCUCAGCUGGACAGCUCCGAGGAUACGAACUGGAUGGAGUGCAAUGAUCGGUGGUAUUCGGAACGAUUCGCAGAAACCGCAGAAGCGAUCCACGGCGGCGUCCAAACCUCUGCUGAGAAUUCUUCCUACCGGGCCUGCCCAUCAGGUUCUUCUGAAAUUCCGAAAUCGCACAAUUUACUCAAACGUAGUCAACGAUGGCAUCGUCCCUUUGCGAACGUCAUGCCUGCUAUUUCUGGAUUGGAGGGGGCUGGAUCGCGUGGAGAAGGCCAGGAGGGAAAAUGGGCUCGUAGGUACCGUGGCUGAAUGGGGUUGGGCUGAGCUUACUGGGGCCAAUUCGACCUCACCUGGUGCCAGCCGAAUUGGGCCAUACACUCCUGUCUGUGAUUCAAAGAAGAAUAUCAAAGAUACCGGGGGUGAUAAAGAGCAAAGUGAAGCAAACGACGAGUCCUACGAUGGCAGUUUCACAGCUUCGCCAACUCGGAAUCAAUUCCUCAAGAAACCAAUGCAAAUAGAGCCGUCAGAGAUCUCAUCAAUUGAUGCUGAAUCUAGGGCUAAAGAGGAUUCGUCAUCCCAGGGAGUCGGUCCAUUCAGCCAUUUUUUGUCCCUCUUCCAGUCUAAGGAUGCUUGGAGCUCUAACAAGAAACAGACUAAGAUAUACAAGCGAAGUCAAACUCUUGGCUCUUCAGGCGACUCAAAUGCAGUAUCUAGUCCAAAUACAUCACCGCGUCGUCCUGUCGGAGGAGACUCCCUUUACGAGGAGGAGGUUCUAAAUGCGCCCCCUAAAACAACUAUAUUCGAAUCAGCAGGUGAUGUUCUUAGACCGCCCCUACCUCCAACAGAGUUUAUCGUAAAUCCUGCUUCACGGCCCCGAACCAUCUUCCAUGACCGUGUAUAUCAUCCGGAAGACAUCCCUCCGCCUUCGAUGAAGCGACGGACUACGAUCUUUGGUACACCUCGGAGCCCCUUCAGAUCUGGAUCAAAGCCGCUCACUGACCUCAACGAAGGCUCUGGCCAUGGAUUACAGUCUACUGAAUCAUCUGCAAGUGGCAUGAAAGUCGAGGAAAAGAUCGCGAGAGCAUAUCACCACAACCUUUCCUGGCGCAAGGUUCUCGUCCGCCUUGAGCCGGACGCACACAAUAACAUCAUUGUACGGCGCAUGUUUGCUAAUGCCUACGGUUGGCCGGUAAUCAAACAUCUCGUGGACACUCAUUUCGGAUAUAACCUUGCAGCUGAGACAGAUGAUGCCAUUGAACCGAACAUGGAUAGGGCCAAACCAUUGAAUGUGAAGGCGACCGAUUCAGGAGAAGAAGUGGUCGGCCAAGCCUGCUCUUCCCAGGCUUCAUUCAUGGGAUUUGCGGAGCAGAAUGACGAACACUUACAAGGAUCCGGCAAUACAGAUAUCACACGACCUAGGAUGUCUGCAUAUCCCAUCGGCGGAGUACCCGUAGCCGCUGCGGAAGAUGUUUCUGCAAAGCAAGCUCCCGGGAGCCCAGGCACGCAGUCGGGCAGUUCGGGGACAUCGAGACAAGAUUCGGCAAAGUGGAGUGACCGUUACUUCUACGAUGAUGACUCUCAAUCCGAGUCAGAAGGUGACGAUGAUGGCCACUCUGUUUAA